UCAAGGCCCGCCCUCCGCUCGCCCGCGCGGCAGGCGGGUCCCGCCGACCGGGGAGAGCCUGGGUGGCCUUCUGGUUGGCGGUGGCGGUCGGCUGUAAGGGUCUUCCUAUUGUGGUCGGGCUGCGGGCAGCUCGGGCAGGCCGCGGGCGCCGGAGCCCGAGUGUAAAGAAACACCCCUCGCCUUGUGGGCCCGAAGCCGUAGCAUCGCUUUCAGGCGGGAAAGCCACCACCCCUUCCUCUACUGGGAACAGAACCACGCCACCUCUGGCGACUUCAGCACGCUGCAUCACUGUCCCGGUCCACGUGCCACCUUGUGGGCCCAGGAGAGCCCUGGGGUCCAGGGUGGCAGAGCGCCUGGCUGUGCCUCUGAGGCCCUAGUGCUGCAGAGUUGAGCUGAGGGUCUCGCGCUCGCCCUCUGACUGACCCAGCCCUGGCAGGUAGAAGAAGAAAGGUGCCACUUUGGCACGAAGAGAGAAUCGCUUAGUCGUCAGUCAUUUAAGCUGAGUGCAUUGUGAUUUCCAAUAAUUGAGGCAGUGGUUCUAAAAGCUGUCUACAUUAAUGAAAAGAGCAAUGUGGCCAGCUUGACUAAGCCGUCAGCGUGUGCAGCGCGGGCAGGACGGCACCGGGUCUCGACGGACUUGUGCAUGUUAGCUGUAUAGAUUUAUGUAAGGUUUUAAAACUGGUCUUUUAAAUAGUCUUAACUACUUUUACUAUGGAGACAUAUGAGAGUCCCUCUCCUCUCCCGCGUGAGCCCGCAGGAGAAGCGGUGAUGGAGAAACAUGCUUGCCCCCUCCAAGCGCUGCCCUGUGAACAGUCUCCACCACCUCCCCUGCAAACGUCCAGUGAUGCAGAGGUAAUGGACGUUGGCUCUGGUGGUGAUGGACAGGCCGAACCCCCUGCUGAGGACCCACUCAACUUCUACGGAGCUUCUCUUCUCUCCAAAGGAUCCUUCUCUAAAGCCCGCCUCCUCAUAGACCCGAACUGUAGUGGCCACAGCCCGCGCACCGCCCGGCACGCACCUGCGGUCCGGAAGUUCUCCCCUGACCUUAAGUUGCUUAAGGAUGUAAAGAUUAGCGUGAGCUUUACGGAGAGCUGCAGGAGUAAGGACAGGAAGGUGCUGUACACAGGAGUGGAGCGCGACACUCGUGCGGAGUGCGGUCUGGCCCUUAGCCCUGUCAGUGGAGACAUGCAUGCUUGUCCCUUUGGUGGGAGUGUUGGUAACGGGGUAGGCAUAGGGGGUGAGAGUGCUGAUAAGAAGGAUGAGGAGAAUGAGCUGGAUCAGGAAAAGAGAGUGGAGUAUGCAGUGCUCGAUGAGUUAGAAGAUUUUACUGACAAUUUGGAGCUAGAUGAAGAAGGAACAGGCGGGUUCACGGCUAAAGCAAUCGUGCAAAGAGACAGAGUGGAUGAAGAGGCCUUGAAUUUCUCCUACGAGGACGAUUUUGACAAUGAUGUCGAUGCUCUUCUGGAAGAAGGCCUUUGUGCUCCCAAAAAGAGGAGAGUGGAGGAGAAAUAUGGAGGAGACAGUGACCACCCGUCUGAUGGAGAGACGAGUGUACAGCCGAUGAUGACCAAGAUUAAAACAGUGCUCAAAAGUCGUGGCCGCCCACCUACGGAACCACUGCCCGAUGGGUGGAUCAUGACAUUCCAUAACUCCGGAGUCCCUGUGUACCUGCACAGAGAGUCUCGGGUGGUCACCUGGUCCCGGCCGUACUUCUUGGGAACAGGAAGCAUACGGAAACAUGACCCUCCUCUGAGUAGCAUCCCCUGUCUGCAUUACAAGAAAAUGAAGGACAACGAGGAAAGGGAGCAAAACAGUGAGCUCGCCCCUAGUGGGGAGGUAUCCCCUGUCAAACCCCUCAGCCGAUCUACAGAGCUGGAGUUCCCCCUGGAAGAGCCUGACUCCAUGGGGGCCGACUUGGGGCCUCCAGAUGAGAAGGACCCGCUGGGUGCUGAGGCCGCCCCUGGAGCCCUGGGGCAGGUGAAGGCCAAAGUUGAGGUGUGCAAAGACGAAUCAGUUGAUCUUGAGGAAUUUCGGAGCUACCUGGAGAAGCGUUUUGACUUUGAGCAAGUUACUGUGAAGAAAUUCAGGACCUGGGCUGAGCGGCGGCAGUUUAACCGGGAAAUGAAACGGAAACAGGCCGAGUCUGAGCGGCCCAUCCUGCCAGCCAAUCAGAAGCUUAUCACUCUGUCUGUGCAAGAUGCACCCACAAAGAAAGAAUUUGUCAUUAACCCCAACGGGAAAUCUGAGGUCUGCAUCCUGCACGAGUACAUGCAGCGUGUCCUCAAGGUCCGCCCUGUUUAUAACUUCUUUGAAUGUGAGAACCCAAGUGAGCCUUUUGGUGCCUCGGUGACCAUUGAUGGUGUGACCUAUGGAUCUGGAACUGCAAGCAGCAAAAAACUGGCGAAGAAUAAAGCUGCGAGAGCUACGCUGGAAAUCCUCAUCCCUGACUUCGUUAAACAGACUUCUGAGGAGAAGCCCAAAGACAGUGAAGAGCUUGAGUAUUUUAACCACAUCAGCAUCGAGGACUCACGGGUGUAUGAGCUGACCAGCAAGGCCGGACUGUUGUCUCCCUAUCAGAUCCUUCACGAGUGCCUUAAACGAAACCAUGGAAUGGGUGACACAUCCAUCAAGUUUGAAGUGGUUCCUGGUAAAAACCAGAAGAGUGAAUAUGUCAUGGCGUGCGGCAAGCACACAGUGCGAGGCUGGUGUAAAAAUAAGAGAGUUGGGAAACAGUUAGCCUCUCAGAAAAUUCUUCAGCUGCUGCACCCACAUGUCAAGAACUGGGGGUCUUUACUGCGCAUGUAUGGCCGUGAAAGCAGCAAGAUGGUCAAACAGGAGACCUCAGACAAGAGUGUGAUCGAGCUGCAGCAGUAUGCCAAGAAGAACAAGCCCAACCUGCACAUCCUGAGCAAGCUGCAGGAGGAGAUGAAGAGGCUGGCCGAGGAGAGGGAGGAGACUCGGAAGAAGCCCAAGAUGUCUAUUGUGGCAUCUGCCCAGCCUGGCGGUGAACCCCUGUGCACUGUGGACGUGUGAGGAGGUAGCAGACUGGGCAUGGGGGCUGCCAGCUCUGCUGCUGGGGAGACCACGCACCGCGCACUCUGCAGCCCCUUGCCUCCAAUCUAAGUUCCUCUCCUACAGCCACACGUCUGAGGGGUGGGGCUCCAGUACGUGGGGACAGCCAGGGCCAUGUACUGUACCAUACCGUACCGUACCAUUUCCUUGGGGGCCACCCACAGGUCUGAGUGGGCAUGUUAAAACAUCAGCUCAGCCUGCCUGCACAGGUGGAAGCUGAGCUUGGAGAUGACCUCUCUUGUAUGGACUUACUGCAGACUGGUUUUAUGAAGGUUUUCAUGAGUUUUAGUACACAACCUGCACUGACAAACAGUAGUUGAUGACAAGAUGAAAUGAGAAAGUGAUGGUCGGGUCACAUGGCACCCUGUGCCCAGGACUCACAUGGGCCGCUGAGGGGCCUGGCGAGAAGGCUCGUGCUGGCAGCCCUCCCCUUCCUGUCUCCUGUGUUCCCCUUUCUCUGAAAAUGUUAUAACAGGAAUGAGCAUUUCAGACCGUUUUGGUUUAAAAUAAACACAAUGUUAGAACUAUUUUUCAGAGAUUGCAGGCAAAUCAUCAAGGUGAUUUAUUCAGUAUGAGCCUCAGUCUGGCUUUUUGCCCAAGCCCUGAGCUGGGGUGUGGUCCAUUUUUCUUUUUUUAAUUUUUAACUUUAAUUUUGAUUUUAGAGAUAGAGACACAUGGAUUUGUUGUUCCAGUUAUUUACACAUUCUUUGGUUGAUCCUGUAUGUGCCCUGACUGGGGAACAGAUCUGCAGCCUUGUGUAUUGGGAUGACAUUCUCUAACUGCGCUGCCUGGCCAGGGCCUUCUGAGUACGUCUUAAUGCUCUAAAAACACACCUCAGACAUCAAGGCCCCUUACCUGGCCUCUGGCAACUUUUUACUAAAGAUUUUUGCACAGUCAAUUCCCUCUGUCCGCUCUUAAUUUUUAAAGCUUUUAUGAUAUUUUAGCAUUUGGAAAGAAACAGUGCGUAGAAGAUAGAUUUGGAAUUAUGUAGCAGAUAUGAACAGUUAAUGCAUUUUAGCACGUGGAUUUAUUUAAGAGGAAACAAGGACCUUUAGUGCAAUCCACUCUUGAUCACAAACUGGCACUCCUCUCCAGAGGUGGUGCCGGCACAUGGACGGUGGCUUCAUGGAUUUCAGAGGCAGCUGCCUUGUGCAGCCAGGCCUGGUGACCAGCUUACUCCUGACCAGCAGCCUGUGCUCUCCAGGUGGCCCCUGUGGACAGGUGCAGGGGUAGAUGUGACCCUGGGUUGUCCCCAUAUGCAAGGCAGUGGUGGUGAACCAUCUGUUUCCUGUCCCUGAGUACCUGUUCAGGGUGCCACAUGCUCACGGUGCACUGCCAGAUACAGGAGCCCGGCACUGGGUUGCAUUGUUAACAUUCUUGGGGUGUGUCUGUCCUCCACCACAUCCCCUGUGGAUGCUGUUUGCUUCCAGGAAGACAAUGUUGGCCUUGUGGGCCACCCAGUGUAUCCCUCCCUCGGCGCCUGUGUGACCAAGGUUGGCUUCUGUGUUGACCUUUAUAAAACAGAAUUCUCAAUCAAGUUGCUGUAAUUAUACACUUGCUUCUGUCUUGCCUCCUAUCUGCAGCUGUGAAUAAUCAUUUGACCGUGACUGUUUGCCCUUAAAACAGGCAGAUGCACCAUUGUGAACCAAAGCUUUGUGCACGUGUUACUAGAAGUGGGUGAGCCUCACUGCGGCCUUCCCAAGUCUUUCCUCUGUCCCAUGUGUGGGUGCGAGUGUUGUGUGCACACAGCUGUACUGUGAGGGUGGAGGGCAAGGAGAGCCUCUGCUGAUGCCACCUGUCAUGUGCCUCCCAGGUGGCAGCUGGGCCAUUGCUGUUAACAGUGACCCUUGAUUGGACAUAUAAAACAAAACUGACCAAAA